AGGUUUGGCCUUAACUGAGUUUGUGUGUCACAGGCGAUCAAGCGAGUCAGUUGCUGCUCGAACGCUGGAAGUGAAACCACAUUUGUGAGAAGCUCUGCAGCGGUAGCACCUUCAGCGUUGAGUGUCUUCCUCUCACUUUCUUUCUUUCACGGAAGUCCAGCGGGUGAGGCAAGCGCAGAAUGACAAAUUGCCAGCGCGUGUUGCCAAUUUUGGUGGCUGUGGCGGCGUCGCUGCUGGCCACCCAGCCAUCAGCGGUGCACGCGCAGUUCAAGUCACCCCUGCUGCAGGUUUGGGGCGUCAACCUGGCCGGCACGCACCGCCUCACGCCCGCCGAGAUCUGGGGCGUCGGCCUGGAGAAGAAGCAGAGCGUCCCCUUCGACCCUGACGAGGGCGUGCGACUCAGGUCCGACUUUGAGGCCACCUUCGGCGCCGGGGGCCAGCACCUGAUCGACUUGCUCGGCUCGGGCAAACACGUCGACGACGUCGUCAAGGACCUGAGGAGCGCCCACCAGAACAGGGUGUUCGGCCGCCGACAGAGCUCCCCGUUCCGCCAGAGGCCCAAUCGGUUUUAGUUUUUUUAAUUUUUUUGGUUCGCACCGAGGUGAUCGACCUCUGUAAGAUGCACCUGACGCUAUGACUUUCGAAAUACGUAUUUGUAGUAUGAUUUACGAGCAGAAGAGAAAAAAAUUGUGUGUGCUUUCCGACAGAGCUAAAGGGGAAUAUAAUUUUUCUCUUCGCUGCAUGGUCCAGGAAGUGUGUAAAUAGAAAGUGCGACGGCCGGACACAUAAGAUUCAAGAGUGCAUGAGAAAGAAAUUGAGAAUGAACGACGUCGGAUCUGAUAAAAAAUUAAACUAAAUUGUCUGCUGUCUUUUGCAAUGAGAUUUUGAUCUUAUUGCGAAGUGAAAUCGCAAUAUGCCUCAGGUUCAGAUUGUCUAAAAUGGUAGAUUGUGAUAUGCAAGAUGAACAGACCGUAUCAAAAUGUAUUUUAAAUUAUAAUGAAUGUAUGCAAUUGAUAAUUAAAAUAAUUGUUUUUACAAUUAAAAUAUAAA